AUGCCAUCUUCGUCACCUAUACCUGUCUACGUCAUCGGAACCGGAAGCGUGUUUCUUGGCAUUCACUGCUUCUUACGCCCCGAGAUAGAAUACCGCCGCUUCGGCUUACCGCUAGAACCCGCGCAACGGCGGAAACACAACACGGUCGACGAGGAGUACGCAUCCCCAGUAAUUUAUUUAAAGGGCAUCCGCGAAAUCACAUACGGUUUAGCAUUAGGGGCUUUGCAAUAUCACGGAUACGACGACGCUGUCACAAUCAUGACGGGCGUCAUGUCUCUUGCGGGAUUAGGUGACGGUAUCGUAGUCUGGUUUUACGGCGGAGAUGAAUCUAGGAGGAAAGUCUUCGGUCAUUGGGGCGCUUUUGCUGCUCUAGCCGGAUGGUCUCUAUGGAGGACAUACGGAGACGUCCAUGGAUAG